CCGUCCGCCCAGCUUGGCCGAGUUUACAUCGGAGUGCUGCUCGUCGCGCUUAUAUAACUCGCUGACGACAUUUUUGCUCCCAGGGACACAUCUUUUUUUUUUAAAACGUCACAGUGUCACACUUUUUUUUUUUGGUCGAACAGUUUGCGAGUUUUCUUCAAUGAAUUAAAGCCGCGGGAGAAAGUGGAGCAGACUCGGAUCUCCUUCCUUCCUCCUGCGUCGACCUUGUUUACUUUAGUUGCCAAAUAGUGAGCCGCCCAGCGCGGUGUUUAUUCCGUGAAAAGUGGCGUCAGCUGCACGGAUUGUCAUGUACCUGCGUGGACUUUCUCUGUUUUUUUUUACACAGAAGAUGACUUAAACGGAAGAGUGCUCCACCUUCCUCCAAACAACAAAUAAGAAUAACGAAAUGGAUCAGAGUGGACCGAAUUGCAACGGUAAUCGAGACGGCCGCCUGUCAUUCGUGGAGUCUGUCAUACUCGUCGAUGGGGAUAAUGGGACCGCUUCUCUGCAGCCAACCGCCCCAGCCCCAAAUGGACGGGUUGGAACCAAAGACCAAGUGGCGCUAGAAAGCCUUUUUGACUCCCACCAGCAGGUCUUCUGUGAAGGGUCUGACAUGAAGCCUGGUAAAAUGAUGAGACUAGAGAAGCCGGAGCAGCCGGAUAUCAAUAUGUUCAACAUUGAAGACGACUUGGCGAUAUUGAAUCAGAAUUUUUCAGAACUGGACAACACGUCCACCUCUGUCAUCAACACGUCUGUCCUAGGCAACCUCCCCCUGCCUGACCUUUUCCCCCAGCACAUCAAACAGGAGGGGGACUUCUCGUUGGAUAAAGAAUUGGGACCUUAUGGGGGUCACACGGGCGCUGCUUCCUGUGAUUUGACAGGGAGUCGCCUGAUCGAGGAGUGUGCGCUUUGGAAAGACUUGGACCUUCCGGGAUCCAUGCCAGAGAUCAGCGACUUUGAGCUAGAUUCAGAAGUGGCUCACUUGGAUAACAUCCUGCACGAUAGCGGCGGCGUGGGCGGACCUCUCGGAGGCUUGCCAAAAGCAACAAAACCGCCCAUGGACAAUGGCGGUAGCUGUCAAAAUGCUAACGGCGCAAGCCAGCAGCACCACACCGUCCUCCACCAUCCUCACCAGCAGCACCUUGUACAGCACCAGCUUCACCAUCAACAUCCGUCUUCACUUCUCACCAGCGUGGUCAUCAAGGAGGAGAAGGACCCCGACCACUCUUUCAUCCACAUCCACACUCCCGGUGUGGUCAAGCAGGAGAAGCAGGAGCGGCCCGCUUUCUGCCAGUCGCAGUGUCUCCGAGGCGGCUUGGGCUCGGUCCAAGCUGCGGCUCCGAUGUCCUCGUCCGUGGGCGUGGACGCGGAUCCCGGCUAUCGCUACAGAGCCAACCCGCCCGCCACCAUGACAGACCGCAAGCCCUUUGGCAUGUACUCAAACCUACCCCCUGCUGGGGACAGCUGGAUGCGAGGGGACGGGUAUGGAGAGGGCCUCGCGGUUCAAAGGGCCAACGAUGGGCUCCCCAACACUGCUGCUUUGACCUACCCUCUCAGCUUUUCAGGCUCAUCACCCAGAACGGCAGCCGAGUCUAACCGUUCCAUGCUGCUGCCCGGCCAGUCCAAACCCAACGGGCAGACGCACAAGGUGUGUCUGGUGUGUUCGGACGAGGCGUCCGGAUGCCACUACGGCGUGGUAACCUGCGGCAGCUGCAAGGUGUUCUUCAAGAGGGCUGUGGAAGGAUGGAGAGCACGACAAAAGACAGAUGGGCAGCACAACUACCUGUGUGCAGGGAGGAACGACUGCAUCAUCGAUAAGAUCCGCAGAAAGAACUGUCCGGCAUGCCGCUUCCGCAAAUGCCUUCAAGCUGGAAUGAAUUUGGAGGCAGCAAGGAAAAACAAGAAGCUGAGGAAGCUGGAUAAUGACAAGAACUCCCGCUGCCUUGCCCUGCCUCAGCCCGUCCCCGCCAUGCCCGUGGUGGUCAUCCCUGCCUGCAUGCCCCAGCUGGCGCCCUCCAUGUUGUCGGUGCUCAAGGCCAUCGAGCCCGAGAUCAUCUACUCUGGCUACGACGGCACCCUCCCCGACACGUCCACGCGCCUCAUGUCCACGCUCAACAAGCUCGGCGGACAGCAGGUCAUCUCGGCGGUCAAGUGGGCGAAGUCGCUGCCAGGCUUCCGUAACCUGCACUUGGACGACCAGAUGACGUUGCUGCAGUGCUCCUGGCUCUUCCUCAUGUCCUUCAGCCUGGGCUGGAGGUCCUAUGAGCAAUGCAACGGGAGAGUGCUCUGCUUCGCACCCGACCUUGUCAUCAACCAGGAACGCAUGAAGCUGCCCUUCAUGACGGAGCAGUGCGAGCAGAUGCUGAAGAUCUGCAACGAGUUUGUGCGUCUGGAAGUUUCCUACGACGAGUAUCUGUGCAUGAAGGUGCUGCUGCUGCUCAGCACAGUUCCUAAAGAUGGGCUGAAGAGUCAGGCGGUGUUCGACGAGAUCAGGAUGACGUACAUCAAAGAAUUAGGGAAAGCCAUCGUUAAGCGAGAGGAGAACACCAGUCAGAACUGGCAGCGCUUCUACCAGCUGACCAAACUACUGGACUCCAUGCAGGAGAUGGUGGAGGGCCUGCUGCAGAUCUGCUUCUACACGUUUGUGAAUAAAACCCUGAGUGUGGAAUUCCCCGAGAUGCUGGUGGAGAUCAUCACCAACCAGAUCCCCAAAGUGAAAGACGGCAGCGUCAAGCAGCUCUUCUUUCAUCAGAAGUGACCGCCUCCAAGUCUACAAACACGCCUUAAAAAAAAACAACCAUGCCUGUCUUUUGCUAAAAUGUACGCGGGCCGCUUCACACCUGAUGAUUAUUAAUAUUAGUAUCGGCAUCGGAUGGACCGCCGCCCGCCAGAAGCCCCGCCUCCUCAUGCACUCAGGUUGACGAGGACUUGUCAUUUGUGGUCCUCAGAGGACAUCUUUCUGCCAGCGCCCUCUUCCUCCCCGGACUGAAAGCUGCUUGCUAACUAACCAUCACGUCGUGACGCUCAAGUGUAUCCAAGUCGCCCACCUGCGCCGCUCCACGCCCUCGGAAUGUACUCGCCACCUCAUCCACACAACUGUCCUUCUUGUUUGUGGCAGGACGGACGAGUGCCUUUCAGCUCCUUACACAUUUGCUCGCUAGUAUUAUUGUACACCUUCAUUAUUGUCCAUAUUAACACCUUCAUUAUUGUCCAUAAUAACACCUUCAUUAUUGUCCAUAUUAACACCUUCAUUAUUGUCAAUGAAACACCUUCAUUAGCAGAGAGGAGCGCUUGGUCAGCUGUUCUCACUGGAAACAAAAACAUGUCACAUGACUCAAAGUUGACAUUGUCCAAGUUAUGCAAUUUUACAAAGAAAAAGUUUCGACGUUUAAGGCGGAAAGUAAAAAAAACAAACAAACAUGAAUAUAUGCUACGAAAGUAUUUUACGAGAGAACACCAAAGUCGGGAUUUUACGAGAAAUUGUUUUUUCCUCACAAAAAUGACGUACCGUAUUUUUCGGAGUAUAAGUCGCACCGGCGGAAAAUGCAUAAUAAAGAAGGAAAAAAACAUAAGUCGCAUUUUUGGGGGAAAUUUAUUUGAUAAAAGCCAACACCAAGAAUAGACAUUUGAAAGGCAAUUUAAAAUAAAGAAUAGUGAACAACAGGCUGAAUAAGUGUACAUUAUAUGACGCAUAAAUAACCAACUGAGAACGUGCCUGGUAUGUUAACGUAACAUAUUAUGGUAAGAGUCGUUCAAAUAACUAUAACAUAUAGAACAUGCUAUACGUUUACCAAACAAUCUGUCACUCCUAAUCGCUAAAUCCCAUGAAAUCUUAUACGUCUAGUCUCUUACGUGAAUGAGCUAAAUAAUAUAAUUUGAUAUUUUACGGUAAUGUGUUAAUAAUUUCACACAUAAGUCGUUCCUGAGUAUAAGUCGCACCCCCGGCCAAACUAUGAAAAAAAAACUGCGACUUAUCGUCCGAAAAAUACGGUAAUCGUAAAUCACAAGAUUUAUAACAAUAUUCUGAAUGUAGUUUUUUUUUUUAUACUGGAAAAAAAAUGUCCCGAUGUUCUGAUAAGAAUUUAGAACACGCGAAUGAGUAAUCGUACGAUAUUUAGACAAACUCUACGAGAGAAAUUGUCGACUUGCAAGACCUAAGUUUGGCGAAACAAUGUCACAAGGAUAAUGCAAUAUUUCAAAAUUGACUAUCCUUCAUGAAAAAUCAAAAAAUCGCAACAAAUUUACGCCCAUUUGGUGGUAAAAGUCGUAACUUUAUCGCAACGGUCGCAAGUUGUAUUUUAUAUUCCAACAAAAAAUGUAUUUUCCGGCACAAAUUAAACAAGUUUUUUUUUCCUGUGGUAAAAUUUGAGUAAAACGUCAUUUUGUUUCUCAUAAACUACUUACAUUAACUAAUGAAGAUUUAUUUAGAAAUAUUUGUCGUCCUCACGCCGCUAACCUUCAAAGUUACAGUUUAUGAAUAGAGAAUUUGACGUUGAAAUAUAUCUUUAUUACAUUAACAGAUGAAUAUAUAUAUUUAUAUAUAUAUUUAUUUUUGCUUUGGUUUUUGUAAUGUGGAGGAAAACAUGGAGAACCCCCAUAGAGCAGAUCAUACCUUCAGCUUUUUAAAGGAAUUGAUCAUCUUUUAAAACGCUAUCAAAGCUCAGGCUCGGUCACUGCAGGUUGGAAAUAUUUUAGUGUGUUUAUGAAAAGCAGCUUCAGAGAAAACUGAUGGAAGCUUCUAGCACUUCUUCAGAUGCACAAAACAACGUUACGGCUCUUUUAUCAACAUUUGCAUACGAAUGGUGAAAAAAAAACAGUGAUUAAGGAAAAAAAAAAAGAGAAAAAAAAGGGCCCUGCCUCUUGCUUACUUUAAUGUGGAGCACAUUGAUUUUCUGUGCUUCAAGCGCUGAAUGGCAGUUUUAACAGGUAGUGGCCGUUACCAUGGCGAUGGGUCAUUUGUGUGUGACUAAAUACAGCAGGCCUCUGACACACACACUGUUUUUUAUUCUAAUCAGCUUCGCGUUGACUCUUGCAUUUAUUUUAGUGUGUGGUGCAGCUUCACAAAACCAGCGUGGACAUGAUGAUGUAAUGUCCAACAAGUGUACAUAGGGGGCGCCAACAUACGCGGUGCAAUGCAAAUAGCUUUUAUUCAUGUAAAUUGUCUUUUUUUUUUUUUUUUUUUUUUGAAAAACGUGAAAGAAAAAGUACGGGGACGUUGGUGUUUUUAACAACGCUUUUGAUUGAUUGACACUUUUAUUAGUAGAUUGCACAGUUUAGUACAUAUUCCGUACAAUUGACCACUAAAAGACUAUAAAAAUGGGACCCAUUACCUCCCUGCUUGGCACUCAGCAUCAAGAGUUGGAAUUGGGGGUUAAAUCACCAAAAAUGAUUCCCGGGCGCGGCCACUGCUGCUGCUCACUGCUCCCCUCACCUCCCAGGGGGUGAUCAAGGGUGAUGGGUCAAAUGCAGAGAAUCAUUUCGCCACACAUAGUGUGUGUGUGUGUGUGACAAUCAUUGGUACUUUAACUUAAAUGGUAACACCCGAAUAAGUUUUUCAACUUGUUUAAGUCGGGGUCCACGUAAUCAAUUCAUGGCUCUUUGCCAGUGCGUCCAAUUCUCUAUUUUAGGGGGGACAAAAUAAUGGUUUGUGACGAACAUAAAACAUCGAAAUGCUGCAACAUUAAAACAGAUAAUGACAUUGUAUUUGUAGCCCUGCAAAAAUGUCUGAGGGUUAUUUUCUUUCAUAGUUUAGGAAAAAUUCAGUUUAAAAAAAAAAAUAAAAAUUUAUCAUAGUCACAGUCUGGUUUUGACAAAAAAAAAGAAAAAGUGCAAUCA